AUGAACUUGCUCGAGAACAUCUCGGUGAUGCUCAUGCAACAUGGUCCUUUGAUCCUCAAGCAUUACAAUGCCACUUUCACCGAGCCGCUCAGCUACGUUGUGGCCAAAAUACAAGGUGAAAUCGACUCGCAAGUGGGUCUUAUUGCCGACACUUUCUACGACGUUCGAAGAUUUCCUAAAGUUAUACAAGAUAUUUCCUUGUACACGUUCCCCCAUUUACGACACAGGCAAGAACCACACCAUGAACCCCAAUUUCAAGACCUGGCAGACAUUGUCAACUUGAUCGAAAUCGGCGACUUGAUGAAUGAACUAGCCACCAUUCUUCACCAAUGGUCCUUAUACUGUCGAUUUGUGGCUGUCAAGUACUUCUCUACCUCUACGGAAUCUCCUUUGGUUCCUGAAAUCAUCCAAAAAUCAAACUUCACCGCCAAAGUCACCAGCAAAUUAUUGCCUGCUUUCGAAUCACUAUGUCUGUUUUAUUUCCGCCGGUCGCUCGAAAAAGCUCUCACAAUAGAAGAGCUCCCUUCUCUCGAUCCUUUGUUGCGAGCAACCCAUGUUUCAGUCUCGCCCGAGCAAGUUCCUUGUUCUUCUGUCAUUGAAGACAUCACCAUUGUGUUGAAUAAUACCCUCCAAAACGUUCUUGAUUCGGCGCAUCCAUCUGCCGUCAAGAAGUUCAUUGGAGUUUGCUUCGAGGUUAUUCAGCGAGACUUGGUAAAUGGCUUUUUCAUCAAGAGCAUAAACGAAAAUCAGCCCCGGUACAACUCCAGUCUUGUGUUGGUGACGGCGUCCGAUACAAGUAAUGUCACCAGUCCUGGUGCUUCUCGCAGUGGAACCCCGGCACCCGAAGGUUUGGGGUUCUUCAAAGGUGCUUCUAGUGCUCUUGGAAAUGUAGUGGGAACCGGCGCUGUUGUAACCACUGCAUCUGCUAACCCAGAAAGACUCAAAAACUUUGUACUAUAUUUGAAUACCGUUGCUGUUGGUCAAGAGUAUUUCAACAAAAUCAUCACCAAGUUAGCAGAUUCCAGUUUCUUGUCCAAGGCUUUCCCCUUUGGUUCGGACAACGAAAAGGUGGCUAGCAUAUUGAAGACUGACUUUCUUGACCCGUUCAAUACCAUUUCGCAUAAGAUUAUUCAAGACAGUUUGGUCAAUCUUUAUAACCAGUCUUUCAAGUCGAAGCUAUUGGUGAUGGUCAACGAAUGCUUUCCAGAAGUCAACGAGACAAACUACGUUGUCUAUUCUGCCAACAUUUUGAACGAUACUUCCAGUCUCGUCAGAUUUGCGUCUUCGUGGCAGGCCACUAUAAGGCCAUAUAAGCAGACAUUUCACAAGAAUCUCGUGUACCAAAAGCUCGUCAAGCUUUUAGUGGUGAACUUGGCCAAUCUUCUCGAGCUCAAAUUUCUCGCUGUAUUGAGAAAGUUCAAGAUCAACGAGUUGGGGUCGCUCAAACUUGAAAAGGACUUGUCUUCAAUCAUCAAUGAGGUGUGUGAGGACAGUUACGAACUUCGAGAAAAAUUUGUCAGAGUCACUCAGCUUGUUUUGCUCGUUGGAAUGGAUGACGAAGAGUAUGAAUUGAGCAUAAAAGAGGGAGAGGAUGAUGGAAUCAACUGGGUGUUGACACCUUUGGAACGUAAGCAAGGGCGAGGAUAUAGAAUAUAG